UUUAUAUUAUAAGCUGAAUCUUACAUGCAUUUUGAUUGGUUCUCAUCUAUGAUCUAUUAGAUGACAGAUACAUAGAUGAAGUCACCAUCAAAAUCCUUUUGCUUUGUUAUCGUACAAGAAAUAGCUAUCAUGUUGUGGGUCUGAUGGUAAUAGAUCACAGAAAACGUCAACGUAUGCAGGGCUGUAGCCAGACUUCAGAAGAAGACAAGGCAAGUUUCGAGCGCCGAAGGCGUGAGCCGCAAGGAGAGUAGUCGGGCGGGGGACUAGUCUAGCGGUCGACUAGUCCCCCGCCAGGAGACUAGUCUGGGGGCAUGCCCCUCAUAACAUUUUGAAAUCUAGAGGUUCAGAAAUGCUCUUUUAAUUAUUUUCCGCGCAUUCUUUUUCAGAAAAGUCAAUCUUAAAAAAAAAAAAGGGCAAGAUCGAGGCGAGGCAAUUGCCUUGCCUUGCCUCAUGCUAGCAACAGCUCUGAUGUGGUUUGAAGACCAAGUGAAACGCUCGGUUGCGCCGUUUUUACGACAUUAUUUUUGACGUCAUUUGUGAUCUAUCACUGCACUGAACGCGCUCCCCUGAUUACAUCACCGAAAACCAGAUAGAUCAUUUUUGUAUUGCCCGAAAGUUCAGAAGAUCAUUACAUGAUGUCAGGGCUAUGAGGGGAGCAGACGUCGGUAGCGACCAUCAUCUACUAGUAAAUGAAAAAAACUGAAGCUUAAGCGGUGUCAUGCUCAACAGCAAGCAAGAACCAAGUACAAUGUGACACACCUGAGGGAUCCUUCAGUUGCAGAGGCUUUCCAAAUCAACCUUAGGAACCGGUUUCAAGCACUGGAAGAAAUUGAAAAUGAAGACGGUACAAUUGACACGCUCUGGGAACUUCUAAAGAGCUCAUGGAUUAGUACCUGUGAGGGCACCUUAGGAAGGCAGCAGUCCCAAAACAAGGAUUGGAUCUCAAUGGAUACUCUGAAGAAAGUGAGAGCAAGGAAGUGCAAGAAAGAGCGGGUAAACAACAGCCGGACACGUGCAGAAAAGUCACAGGCGCAGAAGGAAUACGAUGCGGCGCAUAAGGAAGCUAGAAAGAGUUCUCGAAAGGAUAAGAGAUGCUAUAUAGAGAACCUAGCAAAGGAGGCGGAGGAUGCCGCAGCAAAAGGGAACAUGAAAGACCUGUAUUACACCACAAGAAAGGUAGCUGGGAAAUUUUGUCAUGUUAAUCAUACCAUCAAGGACAAACAAGGAAAUAUUCUGACCACUACAGAAGAACAGCUGCAUAGAUGGGUCCAGCAUUUUGGAGAGGUCCUGAACAGGCCACCCCCGGAUGAAGGAACCGAUAUCCCAGAAGCUGAACAUUUAUUCCCAGUAAACUGUGCCAUACCUUCGAGGAGAGAGAUUAGUAGCGCCAUUAGGAAGAUGAAAGACGGAAAGGCAGCAGGUACCGACAACAUUCCAGCGGAAGCAUUCAAAGCAGACAUCAACACCACCACAGAGGUCCUACAUGAACUGUUCAAGAGCAUCUGGGAGGACGAGAAAUCACCUACUGAGUGGAAAGAGGGACUUAUAGUUAAACUGUCCAAGAAGGGUAACCUCAGGGACUGUGAUAAUCAUCGAGGUAUUACUUUGUUAUGCACAGCAAGUAAAGUCUUCAACCGAAUUGUGUUAGAGCGGCUAAGAUCGGCAGUGGGUGGAAGACUGAGGGACCAGCAAGCUGGAUUUAGGUAAGCUAGAUCAUGCGCACU